GUGUGUGACGACUAUCCAACUGUAGGGCCCCGGCGUAGAACCAAGCGAAGCGUAUGCGGAAUAAUCUGCGGCGAAGUACAUGAAGAUAUCCGCCAGCAAUUCUGGAAGAAGCUUCGAUACAGGAAGGAGGUUAUUGAGAAGACGAGUCUUCGCCGCUAUAGCAUGCAGUUCCUGUCGAACGAUCUCUCUGUGACGGAAGAUCUCUUCUUCGACCUCACUGCGUCGCAUGCUAACCUGCAUUGUUGACACUAAAUAACUUCAGCUUUCAACAUGAUGAAUACGAUGAAUAUAAUUGCACCUCGUUCUUGUACUCUGAACCUAGGUGGUGGUCACUGGGAAAGAAGAAUGCUGUGGCCUUCGCGUCCACGUGAGCACUCUUCAGACGCGAUCGACAUAUGUUUUGGGCGCGCUCUUUGUUCUUGACCAUCAUCUUGUCCUCCGCACUCUACUCGACUUCCACUUUCUCCUGGAGAUUUUCUGAGUCAAUAUUAACAUGCUUUUAUCGCCUGCAGAACCUCCACCAGGAGCAUCACCAAAUUGUUCACCGUCAAAGGCGUCUCCGACGUCUAACGUCGUUCGACAAAGUCCUCCCUCGGGACGAAUUUUGGUUGAUCGUACCAACGGCAUAACACACCAUGUCUCUCAGGACAAAGCGCGCAACGAGGCCAACAGAAAAAGGUUCAGGAUACCCUCUGUUAUCCUUGACACCGAUUGCAUUUCAGACACCAUGGCAGCUCGCUUGGCAUCUUCUCUCAUUUCACAUGUUCUGUUUCUCAAAAGCCAGAUACCAUUUCCGGUCGCUCAACUUGCUCGUAUGCCCGGAGGACGAUCUAACAACCGCGCGGCCAAGAAACGGGAAGAUCUCAUAAAUGCUAUAGACACCCUAUCCUCCCACCUGAACACUACCUUUAUAGCUCUGUCGACUGCCUUUGCCCAUCGAGGGACAGAAUCCAACGUCUCCAGCCACACGAAGAUUGUUCCAGAAUACACUAGACCGCCUACUCAGGCACAUAUUGCUAUUGUCCUUGGCCCAAGUGUUGGUGCCGCAAAAGCACGAAUCAUGUUUAUUGUUGAUGGUCUGGAAGUCAAGAUAUGGGAUGCGAGGGAGCUGCCAAAAGAAUCUGCUAGUCGUUCACCUAGUCCUUCAAUCGCAGAUGGCGAUAAGUCAGAUUCCGAUUCAGUCACUGAGAGUGACGACGAGGUCGAAGAAUCAGACGGGGAAGGGGAGGACUCUGAGUUUGGGUCCCUACCACCGCUUUCCCGUUCGCCGUCUCCUUGUACUGAGGCUCAGUCGGAACCACCAUUCCAAGUUUGGUCAGAACCAUCCUCGCAACCUUCUUCGGCUCCCCUGCCUUCAUACAAGAAACGCGAACCUCUUCGUGACUCUCCUUCACGUUAUAGUACGCCUGGAACGAUGCCAUCUUCACACAUUUCUAAUCAGCCCAACUACGAGGAACAACAACAGACACUACGUGUCGCAGACCGGCUGCUCUCUCGAACCCUUGCAAGCGCCUGCGCAGAAGAUGAUGGCGGAAUGUCAUGUGAACUCGCACCAACUCAAAUGCAUAUCCUUCUCCGCGCACCAAGGCGAUUCCGCCACUCCGCCUGGAUACCACGUCAAAACCUGACUCGGUCUCUUGAAGGCACCCUGGAUUCAUUUCUUAAGGACUCGAUCGUGGAUGACGAUGCUCAGGAACCGAUACUCAACCAAAAGAAACGAGCUACUCGUAUAGGUGUCAAAACCGAGGGCGUCUGGGUAGGUUGCAAAGCCCAAACUACGCCUAUAGAUUUCUCUUCCAGUGGUGAUGGUCAAGAGCCUUCUAAUGAAGAUGACGAAAUGAUUUGGUGGGUAUGGGAUGGGAAGAUUGCUGGAUUCUCGGACUGGUGAACAUUUACUAGAACUCAACAACAUCGGACGCAUACGGUCAUGGAUACGGACAGGUUUCAUGUAUCAUACACAUAUAAGUAGUAUAAGUUAAAUAAUUCGGGCGAUUG